UGAACAGAGCUAAAGAAGAGACUAUUCUUUAAUAAUGUUUAACUGAAAAACCCAUUUUAAAUUUUGUUAGACGCCAUCUUCAGUUUUAUGAAUAUUCACCAAUCAUCUAUCGCUGUUGGAACUUCGCUGGCAGUGAACGGAACGAACUGUCGCUGUAUAGAUCGCUUGGAGCGCUCGCUGGCCGUCUGGCUGGAAAUAGUGAACGAAGUAUGAGUUUUCGAAAUAUGUUCGAAUAAAAAGUGAACAGUGAGUGACUGUCAUCGAGCAAGAUGGUUGAUGACGUGAAAGAUAUUACGGAAAAAGCUGAAAGUAAAGAGGCCUUAGAUCGUGCGAGGUUGGCCCGUGAGCGGCGAGAGGCCGAACAACGGAAACGCCUCGACGAGCUGAGAGCUCAUGCUGCGGCAGCCCAGGCUCAGAGGGAGAAGAGGGAUGAGGAUCGGAGGCGGAGGAUGGCCGAGGCUCGCUCCAAGGACGAGGAUAGGAGGACCCAGGUUGAGGAGCGUAAGCGCGCUAUAUGGGAGGCGUCUGUGUCCAGGCGUGAGGCUCUCCUCCAGCGAGAGCGUGAUCGUUCUGAGCGCUUGGAGCGUGCCCGGGCCGCACGCUCGUCUCCGCGGCCGGCCUUCGCCUUCGGGUCCUCCACACCCAGGCUCCUAGAGCCUGUCGACUCUGCCGGCUUCUUCUGGGCAGCGCGCAGUACCAACCCCAUAGAUCAGAUGAACUUUUUUGAAUCUCUGGCGGCAUCAACGAACAAUGUGAUGUUUGCAUCUGCGCCGCUAACACGUCGUGCGUCCGCUCUUCAGCUUGACACAUCCGAUACUGACAAUAAAGACGAGCCGGUGUCCCCUCAGCCGCUGUGGUCGUCCGUGGCCCGUCGAAGGACCGACCUGGUGCCCACCCUCCCCGCCCGUCCAGGUAGAGCAUACUCCAUGACGCGCCUCGACAGGAUCUCCAGCACCCCGGCCUCCCCCGCCUCGCCCGCGGCGAGGCACAGCCGCAGCCAGACCCGGUCCGGGGAGGCGACCCCGUCCCGUCCCGGCAGCUCGCUGUCGUCGGCGGCCCCGGUGCUUCGGCGCGCGUCCUCGGCGCCCCGCAAGCCGCGCCCCGCCUCCAUAGCCGGUACGGGUGUUAACACGCCCCGAGGUGCGGACACGGGCGCCAACAGUGCGUCCACGACUCCGUCCGUGUCCCGGGACGCCACCGUGGUGUCCCGCCCCGCCGCGCCCCGCAGACCGCGGCCGCUCUCGCUACACGCGCCCGCCAAGAACGUUCCAUCCACCCCGACGGCUCCGGGUGAGGGCAAGCCGCCGCUGCAUAGGAAGCCAAAGCCAUCCAAAGAACAUGACAAGAAUCGCAAGUCUAUGUCUAUAUCUCCGGGGCGAGGCUUGUCUCCGUCCAAGGAUUCCGCGGACAAAGAUCUUAUGACCAAGAGCGCGGGCGGAGAUAAGAGUGUGGUCAACGCGUUCGAGGUGACGCAGAAGUUGGAAGCGUUGAGGAUUGAUUCACAGCAAGCAAGCGAAAACAAAAGCGUAGAAAAUAAGCAUGUAACGAAUAACGAACAAAUCAUUGAACAGAAAGAGAAGAUGGACGUACAGAAGCCAGAGAAGAUGACAGAAGAUAAAGAGGAGAAGAAGGAAAAGAGGGAGGAGAGAGAAGAGAAGAAAGAUAAGAAGGAGCCGUCACAGGAAAAGACCGAGGACAAUGAAAUGACUGCUUCCAUGAUAUCUCGUCGCAUCACUACUGAGGAGGAGGCGAAGGCGGCCCUCGCUGAGAGACGUCGGCGCGCCAGGGAGGAACUGGAAAGACAGGCCGAGCUUGAACGACAGAGAUUGCAGCGCGAGGCCGAGGAGGAAGCGGAGAGACAGAGGCAGGAGGAGGAGAGGCAGAGGAGGGAGGAGGAGGAGGCGAGGGAACUGGCCGCGCUGCAGAGAGCUAUGGAGGGAGAGAAACUUAGGAAGGCUAUAGAGGCUCAGCAGCAGUUAGAACGUGAGGAGCAGCAGAGGAGAAUAAGAGAGGAGGAGGAGAAAGCCGCUCGGGCGAGGGAUGAGGAGGAGAGGAGGAGGGCGGCCGAGGAAGCGGAGAGGAGUCGCCUGGUGGAGGCGGAGAGAGACGAGAGGGAGAGGCUGGCCAGGAAACAGAGAGUGGAAGCCAUCAUGGCACGGACCAGGCUUAAGAAGCAAGCAGAGGAAGACAAGAAGCAACAAGAAUUAAAACUGCAACAAAACCAACAGGCUAAUGGUGUGUCCAACAACACUAGUGCACAGGAAAAAGUUAACACAAGUGUAACACAAGAUAAUGUUAAUACAAGUGUAGUGAAGGAGAAUGUUAACACAAGUGUAACACAGGAGAAUGUUAACACAAGUGUAACACGGGAGAUUGUUAACACAAGUGUGACGCAGGAGAAUGUUAACACAAGUGUGACGCAGGAGAAUGUUAACACUGGUGUGACACAGGAGAAUGUUAACAAAAGUUUAACACUGGAGAAUGUUAACAAAAGUUUGACACAGGAGAAUGUUAAUACAGGUGUGACACAGGAGAAUGUUAACACAAGUGUAAUACAAGACAAUGUUAACACAAGUAUAACACAGGAGAGCGUUAACAAAAGUGUGACGCAAGAAAGUGUAACAAGUGUGAAAGGAAGUCAAGACAUGAUAGUCGAUACCACGCCAGCGAUACCAAAUGAAAGUGUAACGAGUGCAAUUAUACCAAAUAAAGACGGAAGUGAAAAAUCAAGGGAUGACGCAGGGAGUGGUAGAAUAAAUAACACGACAAGCGAAGGAAGUGUCGGAAAUGUUGCCAACACUGAUAGCAGUAACGGAAACGUGCAGGGCGGGGAGGCACAGAGUCUAGGUAGUCAUAGCGUGUGUCCGUCCGGUGCUCCGACUAACAACGGGAAUGUGGCUGAUCUACUCGGCUUGUCCACGCAAAUGGAAACGGUGGACAAACCGGAGGAGCAAACGCCGGCGAAGACAAUCGACAACACGCCGACACUGGACACCAACAACGGGAACACGAACGUCGGCCACGUGUCGGCCAACUUCAUACAGUCGGAGCGGAUGGCCGACGACUUCACCACGCACAACGGCCACGGUCACAACCAUCCGCUCACACUGCAAAAUGCGAUCUAAUGACUGGGAGAUACGGUGCAAGUUGGAAUGGCUUCUCAAGCAUAUUGGCUAGGUGAGCUACGACUCGGCUGACGUACGACACACGGACUGACUCUUCCCUUAUAGAGCUUAGUAUAAGUUCCACGUUCACAGACACACGAAACGUUCGUUCGAUAUGAAUUUGGAACGAAUCAAACAAUGUUAUAAAAUAUUUCAAUGCAAUUGAUAUGAAGUUUCCGCGCGGGGCCUUUAUAACGACCCGAGCGUUCGCUAUGGUGCUAAUGAAAUAUGAUUUCAACGGAAAGUACAAAAAGAAAAUGUAAUAUUUAUUCCGGGCUAGGGAGUACGGCCCCAGUCCUAGCCAAUAUGUACUGAGAAUGGUUACAGCGGCGGUGACGUGUCGGGUGUGAGUGAGAGAGAGAGUGUGUGAGUGUGUGUCGUCUCUGUCGCACGCGUCACGUUGGAGCGAGACGGAGGAGUCCUUACUGAGUAUGUUAUCAGACCGGCACAUGUUAUAACUAUAAUAAUAAUUAUUAUUAACUAAUUGCAUUUAUAUCGCGGAUCGACGAUUCUUAUAAAAUUUAAAUGCUUUAUUGUCUUUUUUUUGCUAAUCUUAAGCGAUACAUAAUCACCGCUUGAACUCGUGAGGAUAUAUAUUAAUAUUAAAUGGAGAAAAAAAUUAAAUAAAUCACGUAGUUAGGAUUAUAGAAAGGAGGGGGGAGGGGGGGCGUCCGGUUAUAAUGAGAAAGUGAAUGCAUCAAUGUUCAUAUAGGUUGUGUAUAUUGCGCGCUGUGCUGUACAGUGUUACAAUAGUUAUUUAAAAUAAGUUGUAUUUAUUGUGAUGUUUUUUGUUUAUUAUCGAUAAUAAUAAUUCGGCUAUAAACCUUCCCGCGCGUCUUUCCUCGGCUAGCGAUGAGUUCGCUUGAUGUCCGUCAAGCCCGUGCGGCGGCUCCGCGACGCCGGGAAGCGAUUUUGACAUUUAAGUGAAUAAAGUUACGGUUCGUUUUCAAACAAAAAAAAAUUACCAAAAAACGAGCUGAGGAAAUGUUACAUUUAUAUUAUUAAUAUUCUUUAAUUAAUCUAUAUAACAUAUAAUAGGAUGAGCCUCAACACGAAACAGGCAUCCGAGGUGUGUCGGAAAUAUAGACUUCGUAACUUGAUCGACAUAGAGCAUGGUUUCCGGUGAACAGUUAAAAGGUAGUUUUAUUAUUGUGACAGAAUUUCCGUUUUAUUUUUGUCCAGUUGAACACUCAGCCGACGUCAGCGGUUCAGGAAGGGAAAUAUUAAAAUUGAAUCCAUACAACAAUGUGCUAUUAAUUUUUUAGUCAAACUCAUUUAUUUAAUACAGAAUUUUCAAAUAAACCCCGAGAGCAGAACUGAUUAUUUCGUUUUGUGUAAAAAACUAACUCCGCCAGACGGACGCGCAGGACACUGUGUAACAUAAGUAGUUAGCUUAUCGUAAUCAAUCAAAUGUCUUUUAUAUUCGCGUAUAAAUCUUUCAAAAUAUUGUCCAAUGUUUGAAUAGUCGUCAUAGCGUCGUGUCCCGGUACGUCCGCACGUCCUCGGUCCCGGGACUGUAUUCCCUUGUAUUCCAUAGUUACUUUGUACCGACCGAGUAGUUCCUUCAGUCGGCAUCGCCCGCUUGCUUUUCGUGCGCCAUGUUGUAAAUCAUGUGACGUAACUCCCGCUUGUGAUAUCUUUAUAAUGUUUUGCUAACCAUUUUUUAUAAACGAAUCAUGUAUAUUAAUAAUAACGAGUCCCUUGACAUCCGGAGCUAUUAUUCCCUAGUUGUUGUAUCCUUAACGGUCGACGCCAUUUUGAUUAUUAUAAUAUAUAUAUAUAUAUUUUUGGUACAAUAUGUACGUGUUUUCUGUUACCUUGUAUUUAUAAUUUUUGAAAAUAAUGCAUAUCCAAUAUUCAAUAUAGAUUUGUAGCUCCAAGAUGGCGGCGUGUGUGCGUGUGUGCGUGUGUGCGUUAGAUGCUCACACACGCAGCUGUCCCUGUUCGUUAUAUAUAAAGUAUGUGUUUAUGUAUCACAGACAUGGCUUCUACGUGCGAUCUAUUCUUUAUUAUGUUAGCGAUCGAUGGAUUUAUAAGGAGAAAGUUUUAAUAAAAAAUAUUAUGAAAUUUA